AUUACAGUAUGGAGUAACCACGAUUGGGUACGGAUAAGGUCUUACGGAUAUAGCUAGUAAUACUAUUCAUGGGUUAGUAGGGUGGGUAUUUUGAAAAUUGGACCCGCGCCAUGAUGAGCGACAGCGACAGCGAGAUCGACGGCAUGCUAAAUGCCCUGGGCCUCCCGCCUUCCCAACGUAGCGUUGGAUCGCCUUCGGCGUCACAACCAGGAAGCAGCGGUCGUCGACGGCCUAUAGCUGCAAAUACUCCACUCCAACAACAAUCCAUGCCAGACACGUCCGUCGUCGACCUAUCCGAAACGUCGCCGGUCCUGAAGAGGUCUAAAGUGCGACAACGAUCAAGUCCGGUCCAUGUGCCCUCCAUCAUCUCGUCCUCAUCCGUCCAAUCCAGCGAUGUGAUCGAACUGGCAAGUGACAGCGAACCUGACACCUUUCGACACCACGGAUCCAUCGACCCUUUGAUCACAAACCCUGUCGACGUGUCCAUCAUCAGUAUCAAUACAAAUUCCGACGAGGAAGACUCUCCCGACAAUGAGCGGGAUGUCCAUGACGAUGCUAACGACGACGACGAUAUGCUGCCUUACGAAGACGAGAAUUACUUCGAGUCGAUGCAUCAAGCGACUCUCACGUACAGUCCAACGUCAGAAGCUCCGAUCGUGACCCCAGUCGCCACAGCAACAAUGCCGCUUGUUGACCCGCCACCGCUUGCAUCCACAGAGCCGCCCAUGGUUCGACCGCCGCCACCAACCACCCGACCCACGACCAAGUCGUCCCGCGCUUCAAAGCAUCCAAAGUCCACGCUCAAUGUCGCAUUAGAAGCGUCGUGGAGCGAGUCGGACGUAGCGAUCAAGUUCAAGGAAGCCUUGGCUGCCCACACCCCGAAACCCAUCCCCGUCCUCCCAUCCAUCCACUGCCACGUGUCGUGCGCGUUGCUGUGGGAGCAUUCCACUGCGUUCGACGCAGCACUCAACCGGCCCGUGCUAACGCGAGUGCCCAUGGCGUGUCGGGUCUUUGCGGCGCUGGACUUUCUGGCGGCCAUGGACGCCCGCUACGCGCCCAUUUACGACGUGAUCGCUGGCCUUCGGGCCCACCUGCAUGAUCCGACAGCGCGGAUCUUCCUCGUCGUGGAAGGCAUGGACAAGGCGCUGAUUGCUGAGCAACGCAAGCAACGCGCGGUACGCCGUCGCAUUUAGAAAUCGAAAGCACGAACGACGCUGUGAAUGUGUAGACGACGGUCACGUUUGCCCAUGUGCAACAAGCGUGCGUGCAGUUGUUUGUGAACUCGUUCUGCCACAUCAAGGUAAGUAACGUGAAUACUUGACAAUGCUCUGAAACGGUGUCGCAGUUCACCACCGACGGCGACGACACGGCCCAGUACUUGUACUCGUUGACCAGGGAGGUCGCACUGCUGCCACAAAUGUACGUACGUACGUACGUACGUGUGCCACGUGGUUGGCGAAUGUGACACCGUUUGGCUAAUCAAAAUCAUCUGGGGCAGGGAACCGGUGGACUUUUUGACGCAUGUUGGUCGGCUCACGUCCCUUCGCGCGACCCCGAAUGGAGGUACAUAACGCCCUGAAGGAAGAUGUCAGGCAUUGAAAGCAUGGGGUCGUAGAUACGACCAACGAGCUGACAAACACGUGGCUACGCAUGCUGCAAAUGGUACUGGCGGCGCCGGCACAUGUAGUGGUGGACGGACCUUAUGAUCCCUGACGUAGAUCCCUGGCAUGAGCGAAGGGCGAGCCCAACGAGUCGUGGGGUUCUAUCCUACGAUGCAAUCGCUCAUGACUGUGUAUCAUAACCCAGCCAUCCCAGUCGAGGCCAAGGAAGUGCUGCUCGCGGUAUGAUCAACGGCAUCAACCAUACCUCAUGCGUCCGCUGUGUAUACCUUUCCAGGAGAAGCUCAAUGCAAACUCGAUCGAAAUUGUCCUCUCCAAACGCAUCCACGCCGUGUUCACGUGCACAGACCCCAGCCGCGUUGUGUAAUACAUUCCUCCUCUCGAAAGUUCUCGAAGUCGAAGCAGUGUGUCGACAACGGCGCGCGGGAAGAACACACGGGCCAAUUGCCACCCCAAGGCAUGAAGUCUUGAGUUCUCAUCUCUCCUCCCGUCCAUGGAUUGACUUCGCCCUCAACUGCAUGAACCUGCCUCCAUCGACCUCCGGCCGCCGGCUUUCUCCUGCUUCUUGCCCGGCCAUGUAGUGUGCGCAAGAUAAGGACCCGUUCAUAAUAAGUUUCAUGUACCCAAUACAUUUAUCAAGUAUAGCUUGUCCUAACUAAUUUGAGC